AUGUCCAGUACAUGUACCAAUACCACCGACCCAGGCUCCAUCAACUUCCGUUGUGGGGGAAGCGCAACCCAUGUUGACGACAAGUGCAGGACCAUCCUUUGCACCGACCACCUCUGGAGCAACAAUCUCAACUCCAACAGAUGUUGGUACCCUGCUCCUGUCCCAUCAAUACAUAUGAUUGAUAUACAGACAAUAUGGUUGGUGGGUUCAUUAAUAAUCAAGCACGCCUUUUUGGAAGCUGUAUUAAGACCAGGUGGUACAAAUUUGACAUUAGAAAGAAAACACAUCUCACUGUGGUGGCAGGGUUAUAGUGGCCUCCAGUUAAGUAAAACUAAACAAAAGAUUAGAACUCUUGGAAAGGUGGGCCCUGUACCUAAUUUCAUCCUUAUACAUUGUGGGGGGAAUGACUUGGGCAAUGUAUCGAUCAGAAAAAUAAGGGUGGUUGCAAAGCAGUUGGUUUUAUUUCUAAGGAAUCACUUUCCAAACAGUAGGAUUAUAUGGUCAUUUAUACUUCCGCGUCUCCAAUGGCGCUAUUCAGCAAAUUUAAAAGCUAUGGAAAAUGCACGCAAACGGGUUAAUUCUGGUAUAGCUGCAAUUGUCUUGCAAUCUGGGGGCGCAAUAAUUCGCCAUUUAGAAAUUAAACCUGAUCCAGCUUUAUUUUUACAGGAUGGGGUACACUUAUCCUCGUUGGGGAAUAAUAUUUUUCUAAACUCUCUCCAGGGGGGACUUGAGGCUAUCGUUGCCCAUGGUCAAUCCUGCUUUCCCAAUUAG